GGCGCUGCGGGGCUGCCGAGGAGCCGCUGAGCCAGCGGGGAGUCUGGAGGAGGAGGAGGAGGAGGAGGAGGAGGAGGAGUAACCGGACACCGACUCACAGAGCGGCGGCUGGCCGGGUCAGAACGCAGCGGAGCCCGGCGGCAGCAGCAGAGAGCAGCGGGGCGGCGAGCAGAGUCACACCGAGGAUCAGCAGCUGCGGAGCGGCGGAGCUGAGGCGGAGGCUCCGGUCCUCCCUGCCGGACUUUAACUGCUUUCAUCCCGCUGGUCAGCGGCUCUUUGUGGGGACAGAACGGACUUAACGUCGGUCCGCCGGCAGCAUGAAGAAGAACAGCUCCGGGAGACGGGGCCCGCAGGACUCGGCGCCGCAGCACGCGCAGCCUGAUAAGGUCGGCUGGAUCCGGAAGUUCUGCGGGAGAGGGAUCUUCAGAGAGAUCUGGAAGAACCGCUUUGUGGUGCUGAGGGGAGACCAGCUGUUCGUCUGCGAGAAGGAGGUGAAGGAGCUGGGGCGGGCCGACGAGGUGUUGGACCUGUCAGACUACGAGCGCUGUGAGGAGAUCAGGAAGAACAAGAGUCGCAGCAAGAAGAACCACAGCAAGUUCAGACUGCAGCGCUGCAGCAUGCCGGGCAACACGGCUCCGAACCUGAUCUUCCUGGCUGUCAGUCCCGAGGAGAAAGAGUCCUGGAUCAACGUCCUGAACGCCGCCAUCACACGAGCCAAAAACAAGAUCCUGGAUGAGGUGACAGUAGAAGACGCUCAACUGUCUCAUCUGACUCGAGAUCGAGUGAAGAUUCCUCACAACCGCCGGCUGCCGACCAGAGGUCACCUGCUGGCUGUGGCAUCCACCUCCACCUCAGAUGGGAUGCUGACUCUGGAUCUGAUCCAGGAGGAGGACGCUCCGUCUCCUCACGGGGCCGAAGGCGUCAGGGUUGACCCGGACCACCUCACCCCGGACUGUCCCAGAUCCAAAACCGAUGGUGCCCUCUCCACCAGGACCAACGAGGCUUCUGGGAAAUCCAAUAGCCUUCCCCGUCAGGUGCCGGUGGUGUGGGAGCGUACGGGCCCCACCCAAACCCCGCAGCCGCAGAAACGCUUGACGUCAGCGGAGAAAAACCGCUGCGCCUCCAUGGACGAGAUCCUGUCGCACUCUGAAACAAAAGCCACAAAGAACCGGGCGGCGAUGUCCCGUUCAACGGCCUCGACGCCGACCGGCACAACAGCGCCCGUCAACCAGCUGCAGGAGCUCAUCAGCCAGAAGCUGGAGAAGACAGAGCGGCUGCUGACGGAGGCGCGGCGGGAGGCCGACGGGGAGGCCGGGAAGGUGAAGGGGAAGGAGUCGGCUGAAGCAUCGAGAGCCGAAGCUGAAAGACUCCUGAAGGAGGCAGCGGCAGCCUGGGGCCAGGCCCGGGAGGUGCUGGAGGAGGUGAAGGAGCUCAGGGAGCUGUACCGACAACUGGACUCCACCUCCCCGCUCACCCCGUCUACCAGCACCAACAAAACCCAGACCGCAAGAGCCUGAUGUGAGCGGCAGGGUACUGACUCACUCUGGUACAAACCGGCUCUGACCGGUCCGGUCUGGCCCGAGCGGGAAGCAGAACACAGUGCUGCGCUCCUGUUUCUGUUUGUUGGACUUCAGUUGCUGCAAACUGGACGAACUCAUUUUAAAUUAUUUGGAAACAUUCAGGUUUUGAUUUUCAGCUGUCAGGAGGAACCAGGACUGUCCUGCUGACAGACGCGGCUUGCUGCCUAGAAACUCCCUUCCUUACAAAACCAACAUGUUGGACAAAUUCAACUUGAGGCAUGUCCUGAAGUAUGUCUCCAGGCUCCGAGAGGUCUCUGUUCGUUUGCACAAAAACAAAAAAUCUCUUGUUGAAAUUCAUGAAAACGUGCCAAGAGGAGAGUUCAGAGAUGAAAACCCUGUGGAUCCUUUAUCUCAUCUGUCUUUCAGUCCACAGUCUUUGCUUUGGAUCAUUUUACUUUGCUAUAACUUUUCCUUUGGAAUAUUUACAAGUUGGGAGACGUGUUUUUGAAUCUUCUAGAAAUGUAAACAAGAUGAAGUUUUAUACAGCGGGAUGGUACGAAUGCAGGGUAAUUAUGAAGCAGGAUUUUUAACCGGCGGCCUUUGGAUGAUGUGGAGUUUGAAGGUGAAGAGGUGGAAGACUCCUCUGAAUGUGACGGUCUGUGAGCAGCUUCGGUUCAGAGCUGCAGGAUUCUGAUCACCUUGAUUAUUUUGACUGAUUGCUGAUUGUCAUCAAUCACCUGGAGAAAACCUUUUUGUUUUUCUGCAUCUCAGAGCACUUUGGCAUCUGACUAACAGGUUCAUUUUAUUCAACUACUCUGGACAUUUUAUAUAAAAUAAAAAGUUUCAGUAGCAACUAAUCAGAUGAUUGUCAGAAGCAGAAACUGCUGAUUGAAACCUGAAAACCCAAACGUACCACAAGUCUUCUGAUAGGUGCAGGUUGUGAUAAGACCCAAGAAAGAUGCAGGAAAUUAUUGGUUUAUAACACAACAGACAACAGUAACGUUAGCUAAGUCAGCUAAAACCUGAUCAAACCCCAGAGUUUGAGUCAGAUUAUCUAACCUCCUUUCUGACGGCAGAAUCACGAGAAGCUGCGUCAGACAAACAGAAAAUUACAUCCACUUCUUGCAGUGAUCGGCAAACACGUUCAUAGGGUGUAGAACUCACACGAAGGCUUUCAUCCAGCUGUUUGUCUACGUUCUAUGAACUUGUUUGAAGCUUACUGAGGCCUUCAAACUCUCUGGGGAAGCUAAGCACACUUCCUGUUUAACCUGUUUCUCUCUUGACAAAUGUCUCUCACAGAUUUUGAUUCAAACUUGUCAACAAAAGAAGUGUUUUUAAAGAUGGACACUAUGGAAGACAUUUGUUAUUAUCAGAGUCAAAGAAGGAACUUUAAGUUUGGGUGUAAAAUGAAAUCAGGUCCAAUCGUCCUUGGGUUUGUUGGAGUCCACUUGGGCUCAGAUUCGAUAUUUUUCAGACUUGUCAGGGUCCAUUUUCUGUUAGAUUUCUCCAGAUUGUGUCUUUUUUAAUGUACUGAUCCAUCCUGAGUUUAGGAAAGUCACAGAUCCAUUUUGGGUCACGUACUAUUUUUUGGACAUUUGAAGACUCAAGGAUGACCAGAUGCUAUGCACACUGCGUGAAAAAGCAACAGCAGCUUCCAUUCUUCAAACUGUCCAGAAACUGUCGUUAUAUUCAUCAUCUUCUUCUUCCUCUUCCUCUUCUUUGAGAAUGUGAAUGUUUUCUGUGACACACCGGAGGCUGCAGCAGGUGGCGGUGAACCAGCGGCCUCCAGUCUCAGCUGGAAACCUCCGUGACUCAGGUGUAAAUAUUCGUCGAGAACUGGAUUCUGAUUCUCACACUGUUCACUUUGAAACCUUCGAUCCUCAUAAAAGCUGAAACGUACUCUGCGUGAGAACACGACCGAUAACGCCGAACACCGAGUCUGUGAUUGUUCGUCUCUACAGAUCAGGACUUGCUGCUCGAGCAGUUACAGAAAAACAAAAAGUAAAGUCGGACUUAAAAUACAGUUAAUAUAUGACAUAACAUUAAAUUAGAAUGAAAACAAUGAAAAGAAGACAACAGCUGGCUAACAAGCAAGAUUCUCAUUAACGGGGAAAUUAUGCUAACAUGAGUUAGCAAGACAGCUAAUUUUAGCUGAUUCAUUGUGUAUAAAUUCAUAAUCUGGUGGUUCAAAGCUGUUUUCAGUCAUUUCCAACAGCCUGAAACUGUGUUGCUGAUUAGCUAAGUGAGCUAAUAGAGAGCUAAUAUUAAUAAGCAAUUAUUAGCUCGCUAGCUAGAGUUAAUACAGGAAACCAAGGAUGCUGCUGUACUGCUAAUGCUAAGCUGUGACUGUUGUGUCAGAGUUUCUGUGAAUUACGGUUAGCUAACAUUGAACUUUUUACAUUAGCAGCUACAUUUCAGGAAGUGGAACUGACUGUUGAAAAAGUUUUUAUUAAGUAGAAACUAAGUGUUAGCUUUGAGCUAGCUAGCGAGCUAACCUGUCCUUCAUCCACAGCUGACUGAUAUAUAGUGUUAAAUUUUAAAUGAAAAUAAAAAACAUUAUGAAAUACUCACAUGAAUAAAUUCUGUGAAAUAAAUAAACCAAUA